AUGACUUCCGAAUCUAAAGGGGUGUAUAAUAAAUCUCCAGUUUUUAAUGGUGAAAACUAUGGUUAUUGGAUGGAUUGCAUGUGUAUCCAUAUUAAUUCUAUUGAUAGGAAUUUAUGGAAUGCCAUCCAAAAUGGUCCAUUUAAAAUUACUAUAACCAAUGCGGAUGAUGUUGUUGUACGUAAACCAGAAACACAAUGGAAUACAAAUGAUGAGCAAAAGUAUUCUUGUGAUUGGAAAGUAAGGAAUAUUCUAAUCUCCGCGGUAAGAGUUUAUGAAUAUUACCGUGUUUCUCAUUGUGAAACUACUAAAGUUAUGUGGGACUCAUUACAAGUUACCCAUGAAGGUACAAACGAGGUCAAAAAAGCUAGAAUCAAUACUUUAAACCAAGAGUUUGAACUCUUUCAUAUAAAGAAUGGUGAAACCAUUGCAGAUAUGCAAAAGAGGUUCACUCAUCUUAUAAAUCGUUUGAAUGCACUUGGUAAGCCCGUUUCCAAUGAAAUUGCUACUAAUAACAUUUUGAGAUGUCUUAAUAGGAAAUGGAAACCUAAGGUCACCGCCAUCAAGGAAGAUAAAAACCUAUUGACAUUAGACAUUACUACUUUAUUUGGCAAACUUGAAGAACAUGAGCAAGAGCUCAUUUGUUUAGAGAAGCAUGAGAAGAAGAUUAAGAAAGAAAAGAACAAGGAGGUUGAAAAUAAGUCAACUGCUCUUGUGGCUUCUAGUUCUAAGUCCUCAACAAAAGAGCAUGAUGAAAGUAGAACUAGUUAUAACGAGAAGUCAGAUAAUGAAAUAAUGAGGUUUUUUGUUAAACGGUACCAUAAAUACAUUAAGAGAAAUGGAGUAAAGCACUCUGACAACAAUCUCAUCAACUUUAGAAGACAAGAUAAAAUUAAUGGUCAAUAUAAGAAGUCUAGCAAGCUUAGAAGAGCAUGUGUAGCUUGGGAAAGUGAUAGUGAAUCCUCAAGUGAAGGUAGCUCAAGUGAAAGUGAUGAAGCGGCAAAUUUUUGUCUCAUGGCCCAUCAUCAUAAGAAGAAAAAUGUAAGUCACUAUAAAUAUGAACCUAUUGAUGAUAUGUCUUAUUCUGAAUUACAACCCGUAUUUGAAAAUCUAUAUGGUGAAGCAGUAGACGCUUUUAAAAGAUUGUCUCCAAAUAAAAGAAUUUUUUCAUACUUAGAAGCCAAAGUUUUAGAAACGGAAAAACAAAUGGAAGCUCUUAAGCAAACCAUGUUAGAUGCUUCAAAAGUUGAUGUUGAGGAAGAUAAAUCUUCUUGGUUUGAUUGUGAGACUUGCCAUAUUUGGCAAAAAGAGGUUGAAUGUCUUUGCUUCAUGGAAAGAAUGUGGUUUCUUGAUAGCGGUUUCUCAAGGCAUAUGACGGGUGAUAUUUCCCUAUUCAUUGACUUCACGCCAAAGAAGAAGGUUUUUGUAACCUACGGAGAUAACAACAAGGGUGCAAUACUUGGUAAAGGUAGUGUAGGUAAUCCCUCUUCUACUAAUAUCUAUGACGUAAUACUUGUUGAAGGUCUUAAACAUAAUUUGAUUAGUAUUAGUCAACUAUGUGACAAAGGCUAUAAAAUAACUUUUACAAAUACUUGUUGCAUAAUUGAACAUAAUGACAAGUAA